AUACCCUUUGCACAUUGCACCUCUGGCCAAGAUGGCAGCGUCGAUCGGUAGAAUUUGUCGAUCAGGCCUUUUGAAGCCUAACAAUGCGGGUUUAUUCAAUCAGGCUGGUCAAUUCUCAACAGUCAGGGACUGGUCUAGGAGCCGUAAAGUGAUGACGGCAUGUCUGGGUGUAGUUGUCGGUGGCACUGGUGCCCUCCUUUACACACUGGAGAACUCAGUGAAGGCAUUUGAACUGAUCGCUCAUCCCCCUAAUUACUCAUGGAGUUUUAAUGGGCUCAUUGCUUCUCUGGAUCAUGCCAGCAUGAGGCGUGGCUGGGAGGUUUAUAAGAAUGUGUGUUCAGCCUGUCACAGUCUCCAAUUCGUAGCCUAUCGUCAUCUCGUCGAUGUAACACACACGGAGGACGAGGCUAAGGCCCUCGCCGAGGAGAUCCAGGUGCGCGAUGGGCCAGAUGAUGUCGGGGAAUACUUCAUGCGACCGGGUAAACUCUCGGAUUACGUCCCCAGCCCCUACCCCAACGAGGAGGCUGCACGUGCAGCCAAUAAUGGUGCUUACCCACCAGAUCUCUCGUAUAUUGUCAAUGGAAGACAUAAUGGCGAGAAUUACGUGUUUUCUCUCUUGACUGGAUACUGCGAGCCUCCAGCUGGUAUUCCCCUCAGGGAGGGACAAUAUUUCAAUCCGUACUUCCCUGGAGGUGCGAUUGGUAUGGGACAGGUCAUUUACGACGAGGUCCUUGAAUACGAAGAUGGAACGCCUCCUAGUGCGUCUCAAAUAGCUAAAGAUGUGAGCACGUUUCUCAUGUGGACAUCCAAUCACGAGUACGACGAAAGGAAGAGGCUAUUUAUUAAGGCCAUGUUCGUCUUAACCGUCCUGACAGCCGGUCUCACCUACAUGAAGAGGCACAAGUGGACGACCGUUAAGAGUACUAAACUAGCAUUCAUCCCUAAGAAGAAGUAAAAGUCAAUGUCUCUCAACUUUUAUACAGAAUGAGAAUCGUUCGUCGGUUGACGCGAUCGAACAACAAUGAAAAAAAUAAAAAAUCAAGAAGAAUUACCAAAACUCAUGAAGCGUAGUUGUAUAAGUUGAAUAGAAUUUACUGAAUAAUCGGGACAUCGAUUGAUGCUGUUGGGAUGAGGGCAGAGCAAGUCACGAGUUGAAUUCUGCACUUGCAAUUUGUUCCUCCUGCUUGUGAUGUCAACACUCAGUUUGCCAGUCAGCGCCGAUUUGAUAAACAUAAAUCAAUUCGUUCAAUGUAAAUAAGAGAAAUAAAAAAAAACUCCCACGUUA